AUGGCGUGCUAUCCGGAGGAAGAAGUUUGGAAAUGCCCAAAACACCCAUCCAAGCGGCGGCGCAACGGCAUCUGCCCCGUCUGCCUCCGCGACCGCCUCGUCACCCUCUGCCCCCACUGCGCCACCGCCCGCCCCUGCGCGUGCGCCGACCGCGUGGCGGCAUCCUCCUCCUUUGAGGCCGAUCCUUCGCUCAACCGAUCGAGAUCCGUCGCGAUCCCCUUCCUACGCGGCCCGUCCAAAUCGCCGUCGUUCCUCUCGAUCCUGCGGCGGAGCACGACGAGGAGGCGCGAUCCGGCGGCGGAUGGGGAAAUCGAGGGUUUCGACGGCGGGAGCCGCGACGACCGCGGCAGAAUCGACGAUUUCGCGAGGAUGAUCACGAGAUCGAGGUCCGUCAGCGCCGGCUCGGCGGCGUCGAGGAUUCGGCCGCCGCCCGAUGCCGGUUCGUCGCCGGCGAAGGGGAAAUUCUGGCACUUCCCGAGCCCGAUGGCGGUGUUUAGGGGCUCCAAGGCGUCGAAGAUGGUCGUUAAAGAUCGAUCCCCGUUGCACAGAGGUUGA